GAACGAGAACCGUGCGCUUUGAGUGAGCGCGUUUGUGACCUUAAAGAGACUACAAUGUUCUGCGCCUCUUGUGGGUGUUCGUUUAACUACAGGAAGGUGCUGGCGCUUCAGUCAUGGAGCUGCUGGAGAGAAUGACAGCCGUGUUUGUCGUUUUGCUUUCCCACUCGCCUAUUUCUUUCCCUGCCGCUUAUCAGCUAAACAAUAUUUACUGCAAAAUAUACAACAGCUGUGACUGCGAUUUUCAACCAGACAUACAAGGACUGGAAUGGGACCUCUACCGCAAUCUGUACGGGCAGCACUUGGCGCAGGAGGUGGUUUCGGAGGCCGUGGCCGACUUCCUGGCCAAGGACAGGCCCGACCGGCCUCUGGUGCUGUCCUUCCAUGGCUCCUCGGGCACAGGCAAGACGAUGGUCAGCUCCAUGCUGGGCAAACACCUGUAUGGCACCACCAUGGGCAGCCCCUACAUCCACCAGUUCAUCCCCACCUUUCACUUCCCAUCCGCAGAGCAAGUGCAGCACUACAAGGUACUGUAUUACCUCACCUGUGGCUUCUACCAUUCUAAAAUCAUCCCCGAGAAGCUGAUCACCCGCUUCGUGCCCUUCCUGCCCCUGAGCCGGCUGCACGUGGAGCGCUGCGCCCGGCGGGAGCUGUGCCAGCGCGGGAUGUGCCACCGGCGGGACGUGAUCCGGGCCGUCUCGGGGGCCGUGCCCUACUUCCCGGCGGCCGAGCAGAUCUUCUCCCAGACCGGCUGCAAGACCGUGCCGCCCAAGAUCAACCUCUUCCUCUGAGGGCGUGGGGGGGGGGGGGGGGGUUGGGGAGACGAGCUGCCUUCAGCGACUGCCCCUCGUUAUCCUGGACCUCUGGGCAGACGUGUGAGACCGUGCCCGGCUCUGGCUGGUGUUGCGGGCAAGCUGCGGCUCUUUCGGGGGCUCUCCUGCACGUUCUGCAGGCUUGCAAAGAGACAGGGCUCCUGCCACCCGAAGGACUUUCAAAGAGUGACAACUGUUGUGUAUUCGGGUGAUCUAAAGAGCCCAAGGGAAUCUUAGAAUCCCUAACCAGGAGCACGGUUAUUCAUUUGUUCACCCACCAAGGCUGUAGGCCGUAGUUCGGGUUCUGGUGCACUGCUCGUUGAGGGUUAAUCACAACCAGUGAAGCCGUACCCUGCUGGCAGAUGUCUUGCUCCUGUUCCAGGGGGAUCUGUGCUGAAGCCCUCAAUACUCAAAGGCUCUUGAGUACAGGUCCUUCUCGGCUUAACUAUACUCCUGCCGUUACCAACGGGGAUGGGGGGGGACAGUUUAGUGUUCGGUCUGACAAGCGGUAGCUGUUCUGAAUCCUGUUUGUGUAUGAACCGUCCUCGGGGGGCAAAGUGUAGGAGUCCCCUUUGACCUCAAGAAGGUGUUACCGAAGGGAGAGGGCCGUGGCUGCUUUGGCUAUGUGAUCAGGCUGCCCUGUGUUCAGAGGUUCCCCUGGUUACACUAAGACCCGUCCAACGAGUGCAGUGGACUGCCCCAAAAGGGGGUUGACUCCAGUCUCCUGCUGCAUCUACAGCACCAGCCCCUGCUCUUACUGGAUGCCGAUAACGCUGACCGCUAUUUGGCUUAAGCAGUCCUCAGAUCAGGAGGGCCUUAGGAAGCUGGUCUCUGGUAGACAGAACUUGGAGAAACGCAGACCCGCGACACGCGCUCGGCCUUUCUUACAUGCUGCUACGCAAAAUAUCGAACGGGGAGACCCAACAGCACAGAAGAGAAGGGAGUGUUGUCCGGUCCUGACGCUGGCGCACCAGUGUGUCUGUGGGUCUUGGGAGGAAGGAGGAAGUUUCCAGCCCACGCACUGUGAAAAGGCUAGGCCUACUCGAGGUUCGUUUUCAGAUUUGGGGGGUGUAGUUCGAUUGAUGCCAUGUGUGGAAACACCAGCAGAACCCAACACCUCCGUUUUUGAGAAUUGCAUUCUCUUGCUCCGGUCAGCAGAUGGCACCAUUGUCAAAUAAGUGGGCCCAACAGCCAGAAGGAAAGACUGAAGCAGUGCUGAUGGAAAUGGAGUUCUCUGGACUGCAUGCCUUUUUAAUAUUUCCUUUCCUUUUGCAAAAAGGGAUUUUAUUUAUUUUAAAUUGGAAUGGAUUUUAAAAGCCUCACGUGGGAUCCCAUCGGUUUCGUUUCUGUGCUUUAAACUAGGAUGCCACAGCUGGGCUUGAGCCUAGAUUCAGUAGGUCUGCGACAUUGCUCCUGGCACAGGCAGUGAAGAUACACCAGGCCCAGAGUGGAUGAGCUCGCCCCUCUGAUUUUCAUCGGCCUUCGGGUUUUCCGACCCCUUCAUUUCCGAGGGGGUUUUUGUGCCUGCAAAACAGGACAAGGUUCGCGAUGUGGCCUCCCACUGUGUGGUCGGAUCGCGUCUUCAGCCCGUCUCCCAUUUUGUUAAAUGGAAAAAAAUCGGAUCUCGUGGUGUUUUCUGUUUUAAAAAAAACUGGAACCGUUUUGGGAAACGAAAACUCAGGCCACAAAUACGGUACGCAAUCUCUGAACUCAGUUGCCAGAUCCAGAGGGGUUGGGUCUGAUGACAAACCUGCAGUGUGCUAGGGCUUAUAUUUUGUGGCCCUGAGCCCAAAGUGAAACACAUCUGACUAAAAUCAAGUAUUGAAACGCUACAGAGUGUUUUUUUUUUAUUUAAACAAAUAGCUCACUUGCUUAUUUUCAUGUCAGAUUUCUCUGAGCCACAUGAGCUGCCUCUUGCUGUACAAUUGUUAUACAAUUGAUCAUCAGAGCUACUGCCCAUGUACAUCCGUGUAAUACUGUAUAGUACUGUAUGUCUUAAUGUGUGUGUUGCGUGUAUGAGCGCUUCUGUGAUUUUUUUUUUAGGAGAGCGUGCACUGUAGUCUUCCCAGACACUGAGGCCUGGGAAUGUAGAAGGGGCUAAAUUGUUCCCAUCGGCUGUUGCAGAUCCCACCCUCUCGCGGGCGUCUGAGCGUGCUCGGUGUGCCAGUGGGCGUGCGCGGCAGGAGAAGCUGUCUGGAGGGAGUGAGUGGGCACGGGGAGGGGGGGGGCGGGGUGUGUGCCCAGCCAGAUGUGCGGGCCAGCUGCAUGCCAGCGUACAAGACUCCCUUGUAGCUCGUGGUUUAACUGUAUCGUCCUGUGCCUUCCUGCUGUUUAUUAUAGCAGAGCACACGCGUGUGAGAAUAAAAAGCUGCAAUAUAGCAGGGUUUUUUUUCCCCUCUCGUAGUUGAUUAAUUAAUUGGCCCAGUGACCUCAUGUGUCCGUUCUUAGUUGGUGUCGGGGUUUUUUUUAGGCUGAUAAGGUUUAUUUGAUUUUCUCCUCCUACGCCAAAGCGUUCCAGCAGGAAAGGUUGUCCUGGCUGAAGGUGAGGAGGCAAAGUGGGUAUCUUUAGUCCCUGAACAAUGUUGUCCCAACACUUUUGUCCUAACCCUAACCCAACACAAUGUGUCCCACGCACCUUCUUCUUUUAGAUAAAAGAAUCUGAAAAACCGCAGCGAACAAUCGUACUUGUUCACUGCAGCAAAUAAAACAGGUAACCCCCCCCCGAAAAAAUGAAAAUCCCAGUUUCCAAUUGCAUUUUUGCUCUAGUAACCCGUAUGAAGGAUGUUUCUUUUUUGGAAGUCAAGCCCAUUCUUGUAUUCCUAUGCUAUUUGUUUUAUUUGGACAACCAGUAUUCAUUCCUCCUCAUAUUGGGUCCAAAUGCCUUUGUGUGCCAUAUCCCAUUGGCCAUCAGUGGUGUACAGUGCAUCGUGAAAUAAAACAGCGCAUUUCAUAAAUCUGAAA